UUCCUGCCGGUAGGCGGCAGCGCGCCGUUGCAGGCCGAAACCUGAGUCAUCAAAGAAGAAGUUGAUUCCGUUUUGACAAAUGAUUCACCUGGAUUCUGGAUUUUAAGCAAAAUUGCUGGAAUAUAAAACUGCUGGACCACAAAUCUUAAAUAUUUCAGGUGAAGAGGACUAACUACCCCUACAGAGGACUUUCUACCCUCUCCAGAGGACUAACUACCCACCCCGGAGAGAGCAGGGCGUGUUUGGUUGUUCUGCAGGAACUGAUCUUUGGUCAGAGGUCCAUGCUGUCGGUCGGAUUCGCCCUGAAAACUGGGCGGUUGUGGCGGCCCACUCAGGUUGCGAUCAGAACCAUGGCGUCUGCAGGUGGAGCCACGCCCCCCUUCACCACCCUGGCUGUCAGCCGGCCCACAGAGUUCGUCACACACGUGGAGCUACACCGACCAGAGAAACGCAACGCCAUGAACAAAGCCUUCUGGAGGGAGAUGGUGGAGUGCUUUAAUGAGAUCGCAGACGACCCGGUCUGCAGGGUGGUGGUGUUCUCUGGAUCUGGAAAGCUCUUCACUGCAGGCCUGGACCUGAUGGACAUGGCGAGCGACAUGCUCCACCCAGAAGGAGACGACACCGCCAGAGUCUCCUGGAACGUCAGGAAGUUGAUCACCAAGUACCAAGAGACGUUCUCCGUCAUCGAGAAGUGUCCAAAGCCUGUGGUGGCGGCCGUCCACGGCGGCUGCAUCGGUGGAGGAGUCGACCUGAUCACCGCCUGUGACAUCCGCCUGUGCACCCAGGACGCCUUCUUCCAGGUCAAGGAAGUCGACAUCGGGCUGGCGGCGGACGUCGGGACUCUGCAGAGACUUCCUAAAGUCAUCGGCAGCAGCAGCCUGGUGAACGAGCUCGCUCUGACCGCCAGGAGGAUGUACGCCGACGAGGCUAAAAGCUGCGGUCUGGUCAGCCGAGUGUUCGUGGAUAAGGACGCCAUGAUGGCCGGAGCUCUGGAGAUGGCCGGCGAGAUCGCAGCUCGCAGUCCGGUGGCCGUGCAGGGAACCAAACUCAAUCUCAUCUACGCCAGAGACCACAGCGUGGAGGAGGGGCUCGGCUACAUGGCCACGUGGAACAUGAGCAUGCUGCAGACCGCAGACGUGAUGAAGUCGGCUCAGGCCUCCAUGGAGAAGAAAAGCCCCAAAGACGUGGUUUUCUCCAAACUCUGAACUAAAAUAAUAACUUUGGUUUAAAUCAUAUUAACACAAUUUUUACCAUAAAGUAACUUUUCAAUCAUUAACACGAUUAUUCCAGUAGAUUUUGAAGGAGAACAGCAGCGUGCACGCCGCUUUUCUCCUUCAAAAUCUACUGGAAUAAUCGCGUUAACGGUUCAAACUAAAUCAAAGGGUUAACCAGAUUCAUCCAUAUGAAUCUUAAAAAUUCAACCAUUUUUAAUAAUUUAAAAGCUUUAAUAAACUUAAUUUACAGAGUCAUAAGUUAAGGUCCAGCUGUCAUCAUCUCUGCUUGGCGCGAAGCUUCUGUAAGGUUUUCUGUGAAGACAAACAUUAAAGUUGAAUAAAUUCUGCUCCGGUCCGGUCCAGAUUUCA